AACAGACAUCGCCAUCAGCCGCCGCCACAAUGUCUACGUAUGUGCCUCCUCCCUGAACGCUUUGCGAUACGGGGCAGAUGCCCGGUCUCGAUAUGUUUGCAGAUUGUCGUGGUCCUCUCGCUGGGCAGCCGAUGAAAACCUUUUCCUGGUGAAAAGAUCGGCCUGCCAGCUCGAUCCCUCCCGAGACGCCUCCCUCAGCUAUUCAAGAUUUUGGUCAAUCAGAUUUUGCGAGCUGAGAGACGGUGCCAUGGGGUGUUGGAGAUGAAGAAUUCGCAUUGCUGCCUCUUCUCUCUUAAAUUCAUUGUCGCGCAAGGGCAAUUAGCUUUGGUCUGAAAAUGGCCUUGUUGCUAUUGCCUGCGACUUCUUCUUUCUUGGACAAGAUUUUCUUGUCUGGGGUGUUGUCGGAUGAGUGGAAUACAGGUUUCAAUUGAGCACUGCUGGAAUAUGCGUGCCAAUGCUCCCUAUCUCACCGAUCAAAUUCAGCUCGGGUCAGCCUUGUUGAGAAUGUCGCGUUUCAGCUACAGUUCUUGCAUCGGCGCUCUGUUCCAUACAAAUGUAUGGCGGACUACGUACUAAUCUGAAUUUUGAAUAUAGCGUCCCCACCAACGACCACGUCCUGGUCCCUGAGACCCUGCUCAAGAAGCGCAAGAGCCAGGAGAAGGCUCGCGCUGAGCGUGCUGCCGUUGUUGAGAAGCGCAAGGCUGCCAACAAGGAGAAGCGUGGCGUCAUCUUCAAGCGUGCCGAGAAGUACGUUCAGGAGUACCGCAGCGCUGAGCGCGAGAAGAUCCGCCUUCGCCGUGCCGCCAAGGCCGACGACUCUGCCUACAUCCCCGCUGAGGCCAAGCUGAUCUUCGUCGUCCGUAUCAAGGGUAUCAACAAGAUGCCCCCUAAGCCCCGCAAGGUCCUUCAGCUGCUCCGUCUCCUCCAGAUCAACAACGGUGUCUUCCUGAAGGUCACCAAGGCCAUCACUGAGAUGCUCAAGAUCGUUGAGCCCUGGAUUGCCUACGGUUACCCCAACCUGAAGUCCGUCAAGGAGCUCAUCUACAAGCGUGGAUACGGAAAGGUUGAGAAGCAGCGCAUUGCCCUGACUGACAACUCCAUCGUUGAGGAGAACCUCGGCAAGUACGGCAUCAUCUGCGUUGAGGAUCUCGUCCACGAGAUCUUCACCGUCGGCCCCAACUUCAAGCAGGCCGCCAACUUCCUGUGGCCCUUCAAGCUGAGCAACCCCAACGGUGGCUUCCGCCCCCGCAAGUUCAAGCACUUCAUUGAGGGUGGUGACCUUGGCAACCGUGAGGAGGCUAUCAACGCUCUCAUCCGCCAGAUGAACUAAGUCAAUUAAAACAAAAAUGGGUUUUACGGAUUUUGGUAGUGGGAAUAGGGAAAUAUCAUGCAUGGUUGCUCGGCGUUGGUAUCACGACUUGGCCUUUUGUUAAAUUGACUCUUCGAUGAAUGACACUCGAGUUUCCAUGUCGUGUGAUGCUC